AUGAAGAAAAUUCCAGGCGUCACAAUUUUUAUGUCUCUCUGCGUGUUUAUGUUGAUGGUAGCAGAAGCAAUGCCCCAAACAAGCGAUGCCUUGCCGCUGAUAGGUGAAAUUUUUCUUAAAAAUAGAGUAGUGGUGCCCCAAGAAGUCUACUUCUCCUGCAUUAUGUUUGAAGUAGGAGCAUCCGUCGUUUGCACA